AUGAAGUUCAACACCGUCGCGGCCGCUGCGGCUCUGCUCGCUGGUGUCGCGUAUGCCGAGGACGUCGAGGAGUCCAAGGCAGUCCCGGAGCUUCCCACCUUUACUCCCACCUCCAUCAAGGCGGACUUCCUCGAGCAGUUCACCGACGACUGGGAGUCCCGGUGGAAGCCUUCCCACGCCAAGAAGGACACCAGCGGCUCCGACAAGGACGCAGAGGAGGAAUGGGCCUACGUCGGCGAGUGGGCGGUCGAGGAGCCCUACCAGUACAAGGGCAUCAACGGCGACAAGGGCCUCGUUGUCAAGAACCCUGCCGCGCACCACGCCAUCUCGGCCAAGUUCCCCAAGAAGAUUGACAACAAGGGCAAGACGCUCGUCGUGCAGUACGAGGUGAAGCUCCAGAAGGGACUGGACUGCGGCGGUGCCUACAUGAAGCUGCUGCGCGACAACAAGGCUCUCCACCAGGAUGAGUUCAGCAACACCACCCCCUACGUCAUCAUGUUUGGCCCCGACAAGUGCGGCCACAACAACCGGGUCCACUUCAUCGUCAACCACAAGAACCCCAAGACUGGCGAGUACGAGGAGAAGCACCUCAACUCGGCCCCGGCCGUCAACAUUGUCAAGACGACGGAGCUCUACACCCUCAUUGUCCACCCCAACAACACCUUCUCCAUCAAGCAGAACGGUGUCGAGACCAAGGCCGGCAGCCUUCUCGAGGACCUGAGCCCUCCCAUCAACCCUCCCAAGGAGAUUGAUGACCCCAAGGACUCCAAGCCCGACGACUGGGUCGACGAGGCUCGCAUUCCCGACCCCGAGGCCGUCAAGCCCGAGGACUGGGACGAGGAUGCGCCCUUUGAGAUUGUCGACGAGGAGGCCGUCAAGCCCGAGGACUGGCUCGAGGACGAGCCCACCACGAUCCCCGACCCCGAGGCCCAGAAGCCCGAGGACUGGGAUGACGAGGAGGACGGCGACUGGAUCCCUCCCACCGUCCCCAACCCCAAGUGCGAGGACGUCUCCGGUUGCGGCCCCUGGACCAAGCCCAUGGUCAGGAACCCCAACUACAAGGGCAAGUGGACUGCUCCUUACAUUGACAACCCUGCCUACAAGGGCGUCUGGGCUCCCCGCAAGAUCAAGAACCCCGACUACUUUGAGGACAAGACGCCCGCCAACUUUGAGCCCAUGGGAGCUAUUGGCUUCGAGAUCUGGACCAUGACCAACGACAUCCUCUUUGACAACAUCUACAUUGGCCACUCCAUUGAGGAUGCCGAGAAGCUGGCCAACGAGACCUUCUUCGUCAAGCACCCCAUUGAGAAGGCGCUUGCCGAGGCUGAUGAGCCCAAGUUUGACGACACCCCCAAGUCGCCCUCUGACCUCAAGUUCCUCGACGACCCCGUGACCUUUGUCAAGGAGAAGCUUGACCUGUUCCUGACCAUUGCCCAGCGCGACCCCGUUGAGGCCAUCAAGUUUGUUCCCGAGGUCGCCGGUGGCAUUGCCGCCGUCUUCGUCACCCUGAUUGCCAUCAUUGUCGGUCUGGUCGGCCUUGGCUCCUCAUCGGCCGCCCCCAAGAAGGCCGCCGCCACUGCUAAGGAGAAGGCCAAGGACGUUUCCGAGGCUGUUGCAAGCGGUGCCGACAAGGUCAAGGGAGAGGUUACCAAGCGAACCACCCGCAGCCAGUCGUAGAAGAAUUGGGUGGUGUUUCCUUUGUCAGAAUAGUUUGGGAUCGAACAGCAAGGCAGGAUGUGGGAUGAACAGAAUCCAUGAUACCAACAUCCA